GUCGGGUGCUUGCUGUAGAGAGAAUGACUUGUACAAUGGUUUAGGCAACAGGCUGAUUAACUAUUUAUUUUUUUUGUUCGCUAAUUUGUUUUCUGGAAGAACACAGCGCCUAGGAGACAGCACAAAAAUCUUGUCAUGAUGAUCUGGGACGAGACAGUCAACACUUUGGUCUUGAUCGUCUACUGCGUAACGCUGAUCACAGGUCUUCCGGGCAACCUGCUGUCCUUCUACGCCUUCGUCAAAAGAGUAAAACAAGAGGCCAAACCGACUGACGUGCUCCUCCUCAGCCUCAACAUCUCGGAUUUGAUUUUUCUCUCGUUCCUCCCCAUUCACAUCAAAGUAACCGCUGAAAGGGAAUGGAACAUGAACUAUUCCCUAUGUCCCCUAGCAACUUAUAUCUUCUUGAUUAACAUCUAUAAUAGCACCCUAACGUUAACAGCUAUUAGUGUGGAGCGCUAUCUGGGAGUGGUCUUCGCCAUCAAGUACAAACUCAAGCGACAUCCUCGAUAUGCUGUGAUGACCAGUGUGGUCAUUUGGGUGAUCAAUUUGAUCCACUGUAGCAUUGUUUUCUACAUGCAGUACAAAUUUUCAGAUGGGGAAAAAGCUGGCCUGGAUCCGAUCAACCAUGACACCUGCUAUUGGAAUUUCACCGGAGAACAGCUACACAUCCUCUUGCCUGAGUGUCUCGGGGUCUCCAUAGUGGCCAUAUUUAUACCACUGAUAAUCUGUUGCUUUUGCUAUAUCAGCAUCAUCCGCAUCCUCUACCAGCUAGACAACAUCAAGCCAAUGAAGCGUUACAGAGCCGUUGGGCUUGCUAUGUCCACCAUACUGAUUUUUCUGAUUUGUUCGUUGCCCUUCGGUAUUACACAUGUGUACGGUUUCAUUAAAAAUGAAAGACCUAUUUGGCGAGUGUACGCCCUGCUCAGCAGCAGCAUCAGUGUCUGUCUGGACCCAAUUGUAUUCUAUUGCUCGUCUAAAACACUGUAUAACACGUUUAAGGACUGUGUGCCAAGACUCUAUAUGUGGCUGAGAUGUUUGGUCACCAAUAACAGCUCUGAUCAAACCCAACAGGAUAGCACAAUCUUUGAUCACAGUGAGACAUAAAACACUUCAAAAGCUGCUGAUCUCCAUGGAUUUUCACACAAAUCAGUCACACGCAAUAGAGAAAAAAUAGAACAAUAAAAGAAAAAAGAAAAAAACAGCGCACAAACAGCAGAAAUGUUUCCUGAAUGAAAGAUGUCAGAGGUGAAUUGUCAGAGUGCCUGGAGCUGACAGAAACCUACUGUCACUCAAUUAGCCAUUCUUUGCAACCAUGGUGAGAAGAGGAUUCAUGUCACACACAUCAUUCAUGUCACAGGCCCAGCACAUCCGAACUUGACGUGGAUGAGCUACAACAAAUGAAAACCACAUCAAUUUCUACUCCAUCAGGCAAGAACAGGAAUCUGAGGUGACGAACACACCAAACCUGAACAGAUGAAGAAAACAGUCACUGGUAUUUUUCUAAUCAACUGUCUAGAUUACUUCAUAACACCUAUACUAUGUUGUAAACUAACAAUAUUAAGGUCUGUAGAUAGAGUUAGCCAAAAAUUGUAUACAUAAUUAUUGUUAUAGUUGUUGUUGAUGAUGCUUUAUUAAAGAAAACUUCAUAUUCAUAAGGAAUGGAUCUUUGGCUAUAUACACAGCAAGUACUGGUGUCGUCUAUACAGUCUCAAACAGUUGCAUCUCUGAAUUAAUACCGUGAACAGAACACUUUGCAUAGAUACAAUAGGUUUCAUUAGUCAAGUCAUUAGCCGCAUGCGUGUUAAGGAAUCAGUCUGGAAAUACAGCUUACACUAGCCAUCAGUUAUGUGUUUAAAGACUGAAAAUAUCCACAAAUAAAGAAUCUACUGUAUAUACUGUACACCAGUAAACUGACACCGAUCAGGCAUAACAUUAUGACCACUUACAGGUGCCAUGAAUAAGACUGAUUGUCUCCUAAAGUGGUCCAAGGAAUGAACAGCGGUGAACCGGCGACAGGGUCACGGGCAUCCAAGGCUCACUGAUGUACGUGUGGAAUGAAGGCUGGCCCGCGUGAUCUGAUCCAACAGACGAGCUACUGUUGCUCAGACUGCUGAAUAAGUUAAUGCUGGCUCUGAUAGAACAGUGACUUAAUGGCACUGCAGGACGGGUCAGGGAGGUUUUGGCAGCAAAAUGGAGACCAACACAAUAUUAGGCAGGUGGUCAUAAUGUUAUGCCUGGUCGGUAAAUGGUAAUGUCAUAGAAUUGUAAAGUACAUACACUCUAUGUGGCCAAAAUAUACUUGUGCCAAAUGCUUUCAUGACCUCUGUAUAUGUUAUAAUUAGAGCCACUUGAAGAGCAGAUGCCUGCUGCCUUAAUUAUAGCAAUAUAGCAAAAUUAAAGGUCCAGACAUUUACAGUAAAUAUAGAAUAUUUUAGAUAACUUUGGUUUAUCAUAAUUGUUCAAAAAUAAUGAAUGCAUGUUGUGUUUCAGUUACUCCAUUAUUCUCCAUGUAAACAGGUCACUAGGGUAGGGUGUAUGUAUACACGUCACAAAACAUGCAGGACAGUUGAAAGAGACUGGACAAAAAUCCUGAAAGUUAAUCCCUGCUGAGAUUUCAGGAGUUUUCUGGAUCAGCUCAGCUUUGAUGCUGAUUUUUUAAUAAAGUUUACUUUUGACAUCAAAUCCCUGAGUCCCCGAGAGUUUCCAUGCCCUGUAUUGCUACAUUUUUCUGUGUCUGUGACCUGUGGAAUAGUUUAGAAUUAAAGGGACCUGAACACACUAAAAUACUGGUCUGAAUCAAGUUUGAGAACAGGACUGGACGUCCAGUACUGCCCACACUGACCUCACUGAUCUGCCAGCCCAUACAUUAAGCCAUGCUGAGACAAAACAGCAGGAACAUAUUGAAAGCGCUCAGCCAUCUGAACAAUGGACUCUAUUCUCGUUUGCUGCUAUUGGUUAA